AUGCCAUCCGGUCCUCUAUCGGACGCUGCGCUGGCGAAUCUACCGCCCACCACGGUUCCUCGAUCGGAGCGGAUUCCCGGUUAUCGUGAUCGUCUAAGCUUCCGAGGUCAUGACAUCGUCCCCUGGUCUGCGCAGGAUAUUCGUCAGACCAGCAUCGUGGAGAUGGAUGCAGAUCUGCUGUUUCAUCGCUUCACCAAGCCGAUGGAGUGGCUAAUUCCUCUCCGUGACCCUGUGCCUCCGCUUGGAAACUGGCGAGAUGAUCUAGUGGAUGAGAGCAACGUACGUGACUUGAUCGAGACUGCUCCGUGGGAGAUCCUUGCUGCCCUGCUUGACCCUCUCACAUUCAAGAGUCAAGGUUGGUUCCGGCACAUGAACCGACUUUACGCUUUUUACGAGGACGAGCAUCUUCGGGCGUAUUGGGACUCCACCCACGCCUUUCCGGUGAGCAUCACCAAGCGUCGCGCCACUCGGUAUUUGGAUGCGUUCUACACUGAUCGUAAGCAGCGUCGAUCCAGAGCUGGCGCCCGGUGGAAGUCGUUCCUUCAGCAGGUGCUGAUCGGCCUUCUCCGAGGUUAUUGCGACCUCGAUUUGUUGUUGGAUCCCUUCUUCCUGUAUUUUCCCCGACCGGGUGAGGCAGGUGCCUGGUAUCCUGGGAUCGAGUACGGUGCAGAUCCUGCCGAUCUACUGGAGGCGUUGACCAUCACGGACGGGGCCGAUCGCUGGCGUAACCAUUAUCGUGACGUGCCUGACGACCAUCCGGCGCUUGGGAUCGCCCGCCUGCGUGGUAAGUUCAUGUCCUCUUCUCCCUGA